CAAAUAACGCAAGUAAAUCGAGAGAAAUCGAACCAAAUCGUCUGGAUUUGCAGAUUUUUUUUUAAGCUAAAAACAUACAAAAAUGCCCGUGUACGAAAUAGCUCCCGUUGUGUUUGAUAUCGGUUCCGCUUAUACAAAAUUGGGUUUUGUAGCCGAACCGUAUCCACGAACAAUUACUCCGACCGAAGUGAUAUCGGGAACGUCGCCAACCACAUCAAAAUCCCUUUUUAGCUACAACAAUCAGCUUCAAUUUUACGAUCAAGUAGUGGAUUUCAUUCAAACGUUGUUCUUCAAGCACUUGCUCGUCAAUCCGAAAGAGCGGAAGGUGGUCAUCGUCGAGAGUGUUCUCUGUCCGACGGAGAUUCGUGAUGUAUUUGCCAAGGUGUUGUUUCGUCACUUUGAAAUUUCAUCGAUACUGUUUGUGCCCUCGCAUUUAGUGUCUUUGUCCACGCUGGGAAUUGAAACGGCUUUAGUUGUUGAUAUCGGCCAAAAGGAAGCGACGGUAAUUCCAGUGUAUAGCGGUAUUCAGGUGUUGCAUUCGUGGCAAGCACAACCAUUGGCUGCUGAAUCUGUACAUGCCGAAAUCAAACGGCAACUGCUGGAGAAUGGCGUAUCUAGCGACUUACUCACCGAUGAAGUGAUCGAAGAAAUCAAAAUUCGAACAUGCUUUGUAACCACGUACGAACGAUCACAACAGCACAAGAAUGGCGACGAGGUCACACCUCCGCCCGAUGUAAAUUAUCCGAUCCAGGGCAAAGAAACGAUAACUAUUCCGGGGAAAUUGAGAGAAACUGCGUAUGAAGUCUUGUUUCCAGAAGAUAACGAUCGUUUGGGUUUACCGUAUAUCAUUUUAGAUGCAAUUGUUGCUUGUUCAAUCGAUAUGCGUAGGACGCUGCUGGAAAAUCUAGUGAUUAUUGGCGGCACAGCCAUGGCACAGGGUCUGAUGGCUCGUCUUAAAUGUGAACUACUCGCCCUUUUGAAAACGGAUGUCUACAAAGAGAAAUUGCAUGCAAGCAUCGUGAAAUUCCAUCGAGUGCCGGCGAAGGAGAACUUUGCAGCCUGGCUGGGCGGAUCCAUUUACGGUGGCACGGAAAUGCUCAAGACAAAAGGACUUACUAAGGAAAACUACAUGAAAUUGAAUCGAGUUCCCGAUUGGACCAAUUUAGAAGACAAUCGUCCAUGGGGAAAUUGAGUUAAUAUUUAUUCCAUAUUACACGUUACUAUUUUUUUUAAUUGUUUUUUCAAAUAAAAUUAGAACGACACUAAGCUAUUAAGUCUA